AUGUAUACUGUGUUCACGCCAGGAGGCAAAGACGCCGUCGGAGUCGUCCGCUCGCCGCAGAUCGUCGCCGUCUUCGAUACCCUCGGAAAUGGAGUGGUUUUUAACGAGGAUAAUGAAAUACGGCUAAGCUACAAUCAAAAUGGCGGCGUAUGCACGGAUAAUCCGCGCGGUUCGCGACCGAUUAUUUGGUCCUGGAGCACUAUUUGCAGAAACCUAGUUGUCGAAUCCGUUUACGCGGAGCCACCCACCGUUCACUUGGAAAAUGACCUGCUCGCGACUAUCUCCACGAAAAGCUCAAAGGGCCAGAAAACACCGGCGUCCAUGAAAAGCGACGCAAAAGCUGGGAAAGAUAAAGAAGUGGAGGAAAUUACAGACGAGGCAUCGCGAGAGGAUUCUGACGUGGAAGGGAAUUUAAGGGCUGAUCUCCUGGCACCCAUUGCGAGAAUAUGCUUAAGGAUAAACCACUUCUUAAGUUUACGGAUUCUUGAUCGGAGGAACAUUAAUCUGCAAUUUUUCGCCGGCAACCGAAGCAUCAGAAUAGAAUUGGGUACAGAGCUGAACUACCAAAAAGAAUUGCUAUCAUAUUACGUGGAUUCAUCUCAGUGGGAAGCGGAGCUGUUAAAGUGCAGAUACCAGAAACGCCAAGACAAAAUCGGGUCCGAAAGCAGUCUCUACGAGAUCAGGAAGGAGUGCCAGAAAUCCAGGAACAUUGCCAAAAGACGUAACAGAUUAAUUGAAAAAUACCGAACAAGAAUGGGCUGCAAUUAGGAAGAAGUUUCGCAUCCUCGUUACUCCGAUUUCACACGAGAGCCCUUAAACAAAUCUUUAAAAACACUUAACCGAGCGAUUGCGUCGAAAUUCCGUUUAGAG